CGCGUCAUCUGGCAAGACAGUGGGCACCGAGUCACUAGGCACGACAGUGGGCAUCAGGUCAUUUGGCUCGACAGCGGGCACCACGUCAUCUGGCAAGGCAGUGGGCACCGAGUACCAGGCACGACAGUGGGCUCUGAGUCAAUUGGCAAGACAGCGGGCACCGGGUCAUCAGGUACCGGAUUGUCUGGAUCGACAGCGGGCAUCGGGUCACCAGGCAUGACAGCUGGCACUGGGUCACCAGGCAUCAGGUCAUUUGGCUCGACAGCGGGCACCACGUCAUCUGGCAAGGCAGUGGGCACCGAGUCACCAGGCACGACAGUGGGCUCUGAGUCAAUUGGCACGACAGCGGGCACCGGGUCAUCAGGUACCGGAUCGUCUGGAUCGACAGCGGGCAUCGAGUCAACUGACCUAAUAGGAUCAUCAGGCUGGAUCAGUUCAUCAGGCUGGGUAGAAACAUCAUGCUGAAUGGAGACAUCAGGCUGAAUGGAGGCAUCAGGCUGAAUGGAGGCAUCAGGCUGGGUAGAGGCAUCAGGCUGGGUAGAGGCAUCAGGCUGAAUUGUGGGCGCCGAGGCACCAGGCUGCACCACGGAAGGCAGGUUCUCAGAUGGGAGGCUGACCGGUUUGGAUACUGGCAGGAUGGUAUUGGUUGGAAAGAACUUUUGCCUUUUCCUGGUUUUAGUUACCGGAGCACUGUAAGUAAGCGCAGGUUUUGUAAACGGAUGGAGCAGCUGGAGACAGAGAAGAGCUGGAGGAUGGAACAGGGGAGGGAACAGUUGCUACAGAGGGCUUCUUUACAGGGUUAAAGGCAGGAUAGGUGCAGCGAGUGGGAACAGGGUACUGACAUGCGGUAGAUAG